CGUCACAGGGAGGAGCUGGUGAGCCGUGGAAAGAAAACGAGCGCUACCGUGGAACAGCGUCGUUUAUCAGCGAAGAGGAAGCGGGAGGCUCUGGUUGUUUCAAUUAAAAGUCCCUCCUACCUCAGUGACAGUCUGUCUUUUUGUAUUGGCUUGGGUGUCUGUGCUGUUGGGUUAAUUCAGGGAGACUUUGAGCGCGCGCAAUGGCUGAGAAGAUAGACAUGGAUGACGGGAAGACCUCCAACGGGGAGCCGCUGACCAACGGACUGAGCAGCCCGAAGGAGAGCGACCCGGAGCCGCUGGCCCAGCGGGUGAAGCGGAUCGUGAUGUCCAACCUGCUGGUCAUCCUCACCGUGGCCGGGGUCAUCAUCGGGGUUUUUAUCGGACUCGGCGUGCGCAACGUGGCGCUCAGCCGGACCCAGAUGAUCUACAUAGGCUUCCCCGGCGAGCUGCUCAUACGGCUGCUGAAGAUGAUUAUCAUCCCGCUGGUGGUGUGCAGCCUGGUGUCCGGGUCGGCCAGCCUCGACCCCAAAGCCCUGGGCAAGCUCGGCGGCUGGGCGAUGCUCUUCUUCCUCGUCACCACCUUGAUCGCCUCGUCCAUCGGGGUGAUCAUGGCUUUCAUCAUCUCCCCCGGUGCGGUGACCGUGGGGAAGCCAAAGGUCCCGGGCUUGGGCGACGAGUUGCCGGCGGCUAAAGAGGUGAUCGACUCCUUCCUGGAUCUCGUCAGAAACAUCUUUCCCUCCAACCUGGUGUCUGCCGCCUUUCAAUCAUAUGCGACCAGUUACAAGCUGGUUACAAAGAAUGGCACCGAUGGAAACCCCAACAUCACAGUGGAGAAGGUGCCCAUUGGAACAGACCAGGAUGGGAUGAAUAUUCUUGGUCUGGUGGUGUUUGCCAUUGUGUUUGGCGUGGCUUUGAGGAAGCUGGGAGAGGAAGGGGAGAUCCUCAUCAAGUUCUUCAACUCCUUCAACGAGGCCACCAUGGUGCUCGUCUCCUGGAUCAUGUGGUAUGCCCCUAUUGGUAUCAUGUUCCUCGUUGCUGGCAAGAUCGUCGAGAUGGAGGACGUUGCCACACUGUUUGCCAGUCUAGGAAAAUAUAUUGCCUGCUGUAUUGUGGGACAUGCCGUCCAUGGCUUACUUGUGCUGCCCGCCAUCUACUUUGUCAUUACAAGGAAAAACCCAUACACCUUCCUGUGGGGGAUAUUCACAGCGCUGGCGACAGCCUUUGGAACGAGCUCCAGCUCUGCUACUCUUCCCCUGAUGAUGAAGUGUGUAGAGGAAAAUAAUGGCAUCUCCAAGCACAUCAGUCGCUUCAUCCUGCCCAUCGGGGCGACGGUCAACAUGGACGGCGCUGCUCUCUUCCAGUGUGUGGCCGCAGUUUUCAUCGCUCAGCUAAACAACAUUUCCCUCAACUUCAUCCAGAUCAUCACCAUCCUUGUGACAGCGACAGCGUCCAGUGUCGGAGCAGCAGGUAUACCUGCCGGUGGUGUGUUGACCCUAGCUAUCAUCCUGGAAGCAGUGGGCCUGCCAACCAAUGACAUCUCUCUCAUCCUGGCUGUUGACUGGCUCGUUGACCGAACCUGCACGGUGCUGAAUGUGGAAGGUGAUGCUUUCGGAGCCGGUCUCCUGCAGUUCUUCGUUGACCGUACAGCCAAAAAAGAGGAGGGCAACGAGCUGAGCGAGGUCAGGAUGGAGGUCGAACCGUCGGCCGCCGCACCCGAGCACUCGCCGCUCAUUGAAAAACCAGACGGGGGAGGCGUUGAGAAGCGACCGCUGUCUAGUGAAAAAGAGUCAGCCAUGUAAACCAGCUGCUGAUAUCACCGAGAAACGGCCUCACAUGUGUAACACUCCUGAAAGACGAAACCUGAGUUUUUUAAAUUUUUAUUUUAUUAUAUUUUUCUACUUCCUGCCCGAGGGAAGGAGUGCACACAGAGAGGAUGAACAUGCACGGCGCAAUGCAAACAAGAGCGCUCUGUCCUAAACGCUGUUCUGUGGAGGCGUGUGUUUGAGAAGUGCAGAAGGGGGAAUAUCAAAAGCGAUAUUCUGAACAAUGACUUGGGUUUUCACUUUGAGGGACAUCGAUGUACAUUGUCUAGCUGCUGUAUUGACUCACACUGAUGUUGCAUUUAGUUGGUCCUCGUCAAUUUUAAAGUCAUAAUUCUAUUCAGUCUAUAAGUCCGUUACCAUGUGACCAGUGACGCCCUGCAAAGAUGAAGAUCUACUGUUUCUGGUGGAAAUCCUGAAGAAUUCUCACUGUCAAUUCUAUGAGGACAACUGUAGAGUUUGCUGGACAUAGUCUGCAUUAGCAAGACACUUCAUAUUACUUAUCUGGAAUCCUAAGCCUUGUGUGCGUGUGCGUGUGCGUGUGCGUGUGCGUGCGUGCGUGUGUGUGUGUGUGUGUGUGUGUGUGUGUAAAAUAUCCAGUAAGGCUUGUAUGUUUAAAACUAUCAUUAUACUGUAGCUUAGGAAUAUAAACAUACAUUGUGCAUUUUAUUAUACACUAUUGAAGCCAUUUUCCUGCUAAUUUUAACUAAUGCUCUAUUUAAACCAUAUCUCUUGUAUCUGAUUUGAAAAAAGCAGUUUAUAGUCUGCAGGAAAUUGGCUGUGAUAUUUAUGACAAACACAAAUAUGUUUUUAUUUUAUUUUUUAAAAAGUUUUUAAUUUGGGUCAAGGCUUUUUAUUAGUUUAUUAUAGUGACUUUGCAUAUUUCGGGCCAAUUGUUGUGUACAAGAAAAAGCACUACACUUGUAAAACCUGUUUUUAAGAUUAUAUUUAUACUGCGACGGACACCAAAUGAAAUAAUAACCUCAGUCACAUCCCAGAGAUGAAUGAAGGACCAGUUUGUCAAUGUGCAUGGACACUCACACACACACACACACGCAUGCACAACGACCUCAGAAGAACAUCAGUGACGUCAUGACCUCAGAUCACUCUUGUUUGGAGACUGUCCUUCAACUGCAUCUUUACACCCCAAGGAACCAAAUAUCGCACAGAUUCACUGACAGAGCGAGGCUGUUGAACUCCUGAGACAAGUAAAAAGUGAGAUGUGUCGACAGAACGGCUGAAGUGGACUGUCAGUUAGUUUGAGGUGAAGGAGUGAGCAUGUCUUGAUAUCAACCUGUUGACGUUUUGGCUGUAAGGGUCUUAAAUGUUUGAUAAUCAUAUUUAUUUCUCUCAUCAAAUUCCAAAGAGGGCAGUGUUUUGACAUGACUCUAAUUUUUAUUGUUUGCUAGUCUUCAAGUCUAACUGGUUAGUGGUAUUUUUAAUUUUUUAUGUUCAUUGUUGUCUUAUUUUCUACUUGUGGGUGAACGUCUAGACUGUUUGUGCACACGGUGGCUUCCAUGUGGGGAUUUUACUUUUGCAGUGGGAGAAAGUGUCAAGUGUUGGUGAAUGAAGAAACUGUAAAAUUGCUCUAGUAAAUGCGUAUCUCUUCCAUCCAAAUCAUCUUUAACUGUUUAGAAUGAUGGUCCUAAAUAUUAGGUGCUAAGUUUAUGAGGUACUAGUUUGGCGGUAUUCAGCAAAAUGGUCAUCCGUACAUUCAUCACAAGCCUAAGUAAGGUCUUAUUAUUUCUAAAGUCUUGUUGGUCGUUAGUGCUAAAAUGUGACGCAUUGCCCCAAAGCAUUGCUGUUUUGGUGCAGGGUUGUGAAGAUGUUAUCAUUCCUUUCUGAGAUAUUUUACCAUAUGGACGUCUGAUUCUAUCAUGUUGUGUGUGUCUGUGUGUGGUAGUUGGUAAUGAUUUUGUUACAGUGGGGCUGUUUCAAAUAAAGUUACAAUCUGAAUGUAUUGUCUGUAGGUUUUAAAACAAUAAAGGCCUUUUUUUACCUCCA